UUGAUCCUGCUUAGGCCUCCAUGUCCAGCUGUCUGACCGUCCGGCCGUCUGUCUGUCUGGCCGACACAACAGCGCCUUCCGUUUUGUCUUAUCAGCAAGUGUCGAGUGUCGAGAGGUCUCCCAGCCAGUCGCAAGCUGUAUGGACGGUUGCAAACGGCAUUUGAUCAAGACUGAUGGCAGCCAUGGCGUCAGUGGAGACGAUCAAACUGGAUCCGAAGUCAGCUGAGUACCGAGACAUAGCACAAAAAUUCAACUCGAAAUUCAUCGUGAACCUCAAGAAGUGCGAGUUGCUGUCCAUCGAGAGGGUCCGGAACGAGGCACUGGAGCAACGCUUCCGAGACAAGAAAAAGGAGUACGAGGACGCCUACGGCCAAGUCAAGGUUGUCCAAGGGUGGCACGGCACCAAGGAGGACAACAUUGCCUCAAUUUUGAAGAACAACUUUGAUGUCUCCGCGAACGCCGGCCGACGCCAUCGUUUUGGCCCGGGCGUUUCAUUCUCCUCCUUGUCGUCGUACGCCUACAACUACUGCGACAAAAAUACCCCCGAGGCGUGCAUGCUUCUGGCCGAUGUCCUCGUAUCCAACGUCGUGGAGGUGGCCGAAAAGAAGGACAGACGGAAGAUGCUGCGCGCGCCGCCCUGCCUGCCUGGCAGCUCUCUCCGCUACGACACUACCGCCAAGAACAAGGAACGCAUGGACGUGUUCGUGAAGGCAGACAGGGACGCCUUCAUGCCCACUCACGUGGUGCGCUUCAAGCGCGGCGCCACCCCAGCCCAGGCUCCUCCCCGCGCUCCGGCCUUCGCCCAGGCCCGCGCUCCGGCCUUCGCUCCGGCCCGCAACCUGCAACGC